AUGUCGACCGAUUACAAGUUCCAAGGCUGGUUGGGUUUCGACCCGGAAUCCGUCAAGGGUAAAAUGGUUUGGAAGGAGUAUGAACCGAAACCGUGGGAAGAGACCGACGUCGACAUCAAAAUCACCCAUUGCGGUGUUUGUGGCUCGGACAUUCACACCUUGCGCUCUGGCUGGGCGCCUUCUGAUUAUCCCGUCUGUGUCGGACACGAGAUCGUCGGCCACGCUGUGCGUGUUGGUUCAAAAGUAAAAGACAUCAAAGUUGGCGACCGGGUCGGAGUGGGCGCACAAUCCGGAUCUUGCCUGAACCAGAACGGCGACUGUGAAGCGUGUGCCGAUGGCAUGGAACAACAUUGCCCUUCGAUGGUUCAGACUUUCAACUCCAAGUGGCCCAAUGGUGGUAAAGCGUACGGUGGUUACGCCCGCUAUUGGAGAGGGGAUAGCAAUUUUGUCAUCCCUAUCCCUAAGGAAAUACCGUCCGACCAAGCAGCUCCGAUGCUUUGUGGCGCAAUCACGAGCUUCUCUCCGCUGGUCCAGCAUGGUGCUGGCCCAGGGAAGAAGAUCGGGAUAAUCGGUAUAGGAGGGCUGGGCCACUUUGGUAUUAUGGGGGCCAAGGCGCUCGGUUGCGACGAGAUCAUCGCCAUCUCGCGUUCGUCCUCGAAGAAGGAAGAUGCACUGAACAUGGGUGCGACGGGAUUCAUAGCCACAGACGAGGAUAAGGAUUGGGAAACCAAGCAUGCUGGGUCCCUCGAUAUCAUCGUGUCGACGGUGUCAUCACCGAAAUUGCCACUGGAAAAGUAUCUCCAGCUGCUGAGACUGAAAGGCCAAUUCGUUCAAGUUGGACUACCAGAAGACCUUGUGCCUGGCUUCCACAUGUUUUCUUUGAUCAUGAAACGGGUGUCCAUCUCAGGUAGCCUGAUCGGGUCUCCACAAGAUAUCAAGGACAUGUUGAAGCUGUUCGUUGAGAAGAAUGUGCGCACAUGGAACGUCAAUGUUCCCAUGAAAGAUGCGAAUCAGGUCGUCUUAGACAUGGAUGCUGGAAAGGCCAGAUAUCGUUACGUGCUUGUCAAUGAGGACGAGUAG